AUGUCUUGUGAAGCCUGCCGUACGAUUGCACCUGUUACCGUGCAGGGGUAUUCCCCCAAGGGUCAUUAUGAGACCAUUGCGGGCCUCAAAACAUAUGUGACUGGAAACACGGACGGAAAGAUGGGCAUAGUCGACCUCUAUGAUGUCUUUGGGCUCGCCAGCCAGACCCUUCAGGGUGCUGACCUUCUCGCCGUGCGCCUCAACGCUGUGGUGUUGGUUCCUGACUUCUUCGAGGGCGAUGCGCUCAAGCCGGAGUAUGUUCCGGCCGAUACCGAGGAAAAGAAACAGAUAAUCGCAGAAUUUAUGGCACAUAAAGCGUCAUUCUCGCGAAAUGCGACGGUUCUUUUGGAGGCAAUCCCAGAAUACAAGGCUCGGUUCCCAUCUGUGGGGAAAUGGGGUGCCUUUGGUCUUUGCUGGGGCGGGAAGGUCACAGUAUUAGCCUCAGGUGCCAACAGUCCUUUUGCUGCCUCGGGACAGGCAGUUGACGAGAGAUUGAUGAGUAACAGACGCAUGGAUGUGGCUGAUGCUGCCCCCCUUUCCAUUCCGCACAUUAUUUUGGCAUCGAAAGACGAGCCUGCUGAUGCAGUCACUGGCUACGCCCGAGUUAUCGAAAGCAAUGAGUCAGGUGGACAUGUUGAGACAUACUCUACCAUGUGGCACGGAUGGAUGGGUGCUCGUGCGGACUUGGAUGGAGAGGAGAGUCGAGCUGAAUACACACGAGGAUAUUCUCAAUUAGCUGACUUUUUCGAGAAGAACCUUCAGUAG